AUGUUCCAGGCAAAUUGGACGUCUGUAACAGUUUUUUUCUUCAUGGGAUUUUCCCACUACCCCAAUGUUGAGAUCAUCUUAUUUGUAUUGUGUUUGCUGAUGUACCUGAUCACCUUGCUGGGAAAUACUAUUCUGAUCUUCAUCACCAUCCUGGAUUCCCACCUGCACACCCCCAUGUACUUCUUCCUCAGCAACCUCUCCUUCCUGGACAUCUGGUACACCUCUUCUGCACCCACCCCAAUGUUGACAAAUUUUAUUUCAGGGAAAAACACCAUCUCAUUGUCAGGAUGUGCCACUCAGAUGUACUUCUCUCUUGCCAUGGGCUCCACUGAGUGUGUGCUCCUGUCCAUGAUGGCAUAUGACCGGUAUGUGGCCAUCUGCAACCCCCUAAAAUACCCCAUCAUCAUGAACAGGAGGGUCUGUGUGCAGAUUGCAGCUGGCUCCUGGGUGACAGGAUGCCUCACUGCCCUGGUGGAAACGAUGUCUGUCCUGCUGCUGUCUCUCUGUGGUAAUAACAUUAUCAAUCACUUCACUUGUGAAAUUCUGGCUGUCCUGAAAUUGGCUUGUGUGGACACCUCCAUGGUGCAGUUAACCAUGCUAGUGAUCAGUAUACUUCUUCUUCCAGUUCCAAUGUUCCUCAUUUGUAUCUCGUACGCAUUCAUCCUCUCUAACAUCCUGAGAAUCAGCUCAGUGGAUGGUCGAAGCAAAGCCUUUUCAACGUGUGCAGCCCACCUGACUGUGGUGGUUCUAUUCUAUGGGACAGCUCUCUCCAUGUACCUGAAGCCUUCAGCUGUAGAUUCACAGGAAAUAGAUAAAUUUAUGGCUUUAGUAUAUGCUGGAUUAACCCCCAUGCUAAAUCCUAUCAUCUAUAGUCUACGGAACAAAGAGGUGAAAGUGGCUGUGAAAAACUUGCUGAUUAGAAAUCUCUUAAUACUGUCUUAA